AUGGGAUCAGAUUCCUCAUCUAAGGGCUUGGACCAAAACCAGCUAGCUAUUACUCCUUCUCCACCUGGGAUUCAGCAAAAGAAUGAGCAUAAGCAUAUCCAGGUUCAACAACUAAAAAGCAACACAGAGGAGAACUUUCUCACAGCUAGUAAUAUCCCUCAACAACAGCAACAUGAACCCCCCAAAAGAAUCUUACCUGGAUCCAUUGCUGGAAAGAAGACUUGGAAGAGAUCCAACAGUAAGGCAGAGAGGAUCAACAGGGCUAACCAAGAGACUAAUAUGGAGGAGGAAUCUUCCAAAAAGAGAGGGUGGGCACCAUCAGAGGAUAUGGAGGAUUGUGGAAAUUGGAUGAGAACGGAAAUAAGAAAUGGGAAGAAUACUUAUAUUUGGGAUACUCACUGGAUUCCUAACAGAGUGGACAGAACAGUUGAGCUCUUACCAGGUAUAGACAGAGGAAUUAGCAGGGUCUGUGAUCUACUGUCAGAGGAUGGAUACCACUGGGAUGAAGCCAAACCUAUAUCUGUCCAUCAAAAAUAG